AUGGCAGAACAGUACCCCUUCAAGAACAAGGUCAUUGUCGUGACUGGCGCUAGCCGGGGAACUGGCCUGGCCCUCACCCGCUAUCUGCUUGUUCGGGGUGCCAAGGUUUCCAUGGCCGCGACCUCGGAGGAGAACUUGAGCAAGGCGGUUGCUGAGAUUAAGAGGGAUAUCCCUGAUGUUGAGGACAGGGUCAUCAGUUUCCCUGUGAACGUCACCAACCCCACGGACGUGGAGAACUGGAUCAACGCGACAGUUGAGAAAUGGGGGGUGUUGGACGGUGCUGCUAAUGUGGCGGCGAGGAUGAACAAGAGCAUUCAUCCUAUUGAGGACCUCGACCUCGAGGAACUAAAGGAGAUGCUAGACGUCAACGUAAUUGGCACUUUCAACAGUAUCAAGUACGAGAUGAAGAACAUGAAGCCUGGAGGUAGCAUCGUCAACUGUGGCAGCCAGCAGGUCAAGUACGCCUCUGGAAACAUGGGAGCGUACGCAGCCUCCAAGAACGCCAUCCGCGGCCUCAGCCAGGUUGCCGCGUACGAGGGUGGAGCCAAAUACCCCAAGAACCCCAUCCGAGUUAACCUCCUGGGAUGUAUCGAUACGGACAUGAUCCGCCAGCCUCUCCACCUUCCCAACGGUGGUGGAACAUGGACUAUGACCGAGGGUGAUCAUCUUACGUCGAUCAUCAAGCGUUACUCCAAGCCAGAAGAGAUUGCCGCUUCAAUUGCCUUCCUCCUUGGUGAUGAGAGCAAGUUUGUGACGAAACAGGAAUGGUAUGUGGAUGGUGGGUGGAUGGAGGCAAACUACGUGGCAUAA